AUGGAAAGAGGUCCCUGGAUUCAGAAUGAGGGGGCCUUGCAGAGCCUGAAGUCUCUCUUCAGCGGACAAGCACUCAUGGUCACGGAGACCUCCACGCUGGAGCACCUACAGGGCUCAGCCCCACCGGGGAAAGCCAGGUCUCUGGACAACACCCCCUGCAAGACCAGUGGGGUCAGAAGUCCCGAGAGCCCAGAGCAGUCCGCAGAGACUCAGUUCCCCGCAGCUGCAACGCCCAGCAUGACUGUGUCCUGGGAGCUUCUCCCCAGCGAGCAAAGCACUCCCCAGGACACCAAGAAGGACAAGGCCCAGAAGCGGACCCAGCAGGGGUGGAUGAAGAGUUUACUGAGCUUCCUGAGGUUAAGUCCUGAGGAGCCCAAAGAAAAGGCCGAUAGGACAAAGGGGAAGGAGGGCCUCCCCCAGGCCACAGACAUCCCUGAGGCAUCUGGGCAGCUAGCCUACAAGAAGAAAUCCCAUGACAAGAAGGCCAGCCGCAAGAAACACAGUUAUAGGAAGCCUGUUGCUGAGGAAAUCACAGUGGUCCAGGAUCAGGAGGCUGAAGGCCAAGAGGCAGGGCUGUCCAAGGUGGCUGUUGACCAGGGCUCGAAGGAGGAGGCCAACCAGGGCCCAGCUGGCAGAGGAGGGGACGACUCUCAUCUCUACCAGCCGUGCCACAACCAGUGCCAGGGCGCUGGCGUCUCGGAGGUUGCUCCCCAAGGCUCGGGCCAUCCAUCAGAAGAGAUGUCCAGGAAUACUGACAGGGAAGCUAUCAUCCUGACCAUAGUGGAACUUAUCAAAAAAGUGGCAGAUUAUUGUGAAAAAGAGAAUGGAAGAGGAGCUGCAGAGGUUUCCAACGUGGACUCCCGGCACCCCCAGAGGCCCACCUUCCUGCCUCUGCCUGUUGGGUGUCAUCAGCAUCUCACUACUAGCGGUUCUGGCACGGAGGAAUCCAAAAUCCAAGCGGCCCGGGCCACAGAUGGUGGGGGUCAAAGUCCCUUGGAGAGUCCCCCAGGACCAGGAGGGCAGGAGCCUGAAGAGGACAGAGUUUCCGAAUCUAAGGAUGCUAUCAUCCAGAUCAUAGUGGAAUUUCUCAAAAACAUAGGAGACAAGUAUGAAAAAGAGGGCCUUCCAGUGCCUCCGCCAGAGGUGGCUGCACCAAACCCAGCAUCAAGCUCCAAGAAGAAAAAGAUAUCCUUCAAGAGAGGCUUUUCUUUCAAGAGACAUGGGCCUGAUGAUCUCCGAAAAGUGGCGGCUGCUGGUGCUGCCAGCCCGGAACCCCGGCCCCCUAAGAGGUCCAGCAUCCGGUCUCUGUGUAUGGGGGGGCAGCGAUCCUCCUUCUCCAUCACUUCUGAUCCAGAGCCAAUGGUUCCUGAGCCCCAGGCGUCCUUGCCUGCAGAAGGUGCAAGAGCUGGAGCCUCAGAGGCAACCCCGCAGCCCGGGAGCUGCAAAGCAGAAGCAGGGCCUCCUGCAGAUGGAGCACAAGAGCAGAUCUUCCAGAAGCUGGCGGCCAUUCUCCAAGAAGUGGGCGAGCAGUUGAGAGAUCAGAUCAGGCGAAACCCCGGCCUUAAGAAGUAUUUUCGAGAGAUCUUAGACGCCUCCCUGGAGAAGCUGGUAUCCAACCUGCAGAGCCAGGAGGCCAGCUCCAAGAAACCGGACAGGAGCCUUGAGAGACGCUGCCCAGUUCCCGGGGGUUUGAUGCACACAUUUGCUGACAACAAUAGCCGCAACGUCAUCAGCCUCAGGGACUUCACUGGGCACUACCCCCGGCAGCACGGUUGGGGCCAGGUCCCUUACAGGGAGGCCGAGCAGAACAUCACUACUCCUGAGAUCCAAAGUCCAGAUUGA